AUAAAAAAGGCAUAGGUAAAUACAAAGGGUGCCAGUCUGUUGGACGUUGUACAUGUUCGACAUCAACACGUGUGUGUGCUGCGCUAUUUACAGUGUUGCGGUGCGUAGCCACUGGAUAUUUUAAGAACUGUUGCAGUGCACUACAGAACCAGAUUCAAUUGUCAUCAUGGGAGGCCCGUCCAACAAAAUCAACAAGCCAAAAAAACCUGGCUUCAGGAUAAUCCAGAGACACAAGAAGAAUGAGGUCAAGGUCAACCCGCGGACGUCCAAGAAGGAAAAGGGAACCUUCUCUGGCGGCAUGUCCAAGAAUCGACGAUCAAAAGGAAUCGCCAAGAAAAGAAAGUUGAACGUCAGUACCAACACGACACCGUCAGGGAAGAAGCUCCGAAAACUCCUGAAAACGAGGCUAAGGAACGAAAGGGAGGCUAAUGAGAUGCAAGUGGAAUUAAUGUCAGUCUCGAGAAAACAAAGCAGGAAAAGUAACAAAUCGAAGAGCGCAAAACAGUCGACGCAAGGAGCGGACAUUGACAGCGGCGGAGGGGCGGAUGUGGACAUGGCCAAGGUCUAAUUGGAUUCACGAACCGAUACACAUUUUACUUUUGUAAAUCUUUGUGGAAAUCAUUUCUACAACUGUAAAUGUUUACCAUGAACUCUGUACAAUCAAAAUGGUAAAGUGGAAUAGGAUGAGAUGAUGGCUUAUAAUGAGCUUAAUAAAGGAUUUGUUUUCGUCUGGGUAAUUUUA